GUUCAUUUCAUAGAAAUGGAUAGAUUGGCAAAAACGAGAAAUUCCGCACUAUCUUCGAGCAAGAAUCCCUUGAUCGACUUCAGCAAACCUGAUACGACUACAGAACACGAAAUGAAAAAAACCAAAUGGACAUCAAAAAUGCUGUUCAAGACGUUUCCCACGAGAGAAUCACAGAAAACCACGCCACAGAGAAAAUCAUACGGGCCAACUACUGAAGAAGUUAGUCAAUGGGCACAAUCUCUGGACAACUUGUUGAGCAGCAAAUAUGGAACGAUUGCUUUGCGCCUCUUCAUGAAGUCUGAACACUGCGAGGAGAAUAUCGAGUUCUGGCUGGCCUGCGAAGAGUUUAGAAAGACCAGGUCGAGAUCAAAACUCCGAUCAAGGGCAAAAACAAUAUACAAAGAAUUCGUCGAUGCCGAGUCUCCGAAGCAGAUCAACUUGGACUUCAACACCAAGGAGUCCCUCCACCAAAGCCUGCUGAUCCCAACACAGUCAAGUUUCAAAGCAGCCCAGAAUCGAGUCUACUUCCUGAUGGAGCACAACUCGUACUCGAGGUUCCUGGACUCCCAACUCUACCAUCAACUAUGCACAAUUGCUGCCGGAGAGCAAUAACGUUUUCAGUUGUUGUUUUUAAACUAAUGGCUGGUCCAUUUUAGAAUGCAACACGCAUCUGCUUGUUCAUGUUCUUAUGGUGAUAUUAAGAGAUUUAAAUAUUGCAUAUUUUGCACAGAUUUGUAUAUAGUUAAGGUGAGUGACAGGUGAAAUCUUAGUACUGCAAUGAAGUAGCAUCUAUGUUUUGAAGUUGUACUAUGUGGAUUUUUUGCAUUUGAUACAUUUUUUUCUUUUCUGGGUUUUGCAGCAAAACGGAUGCAAGCUAAAAGUAAUGUAUGUGUAUAUACAAAGAGAUGUAUUUUUUUUAAUGUAACAUAUUUAAUUGUACAUGCUCAUCUCCCCUAUUUCGUUUUGUUUUUACAUUUAGAUUACCUUUGCUGUAAUCUAACACACAUGUAAAGUUAUUCUUUAAAAACACUAAUAACAACAAUAAAAAAGACAUUUGGAUUACAA